UGCGGACGCAGACGGCUGUGCUCGUGGUUAACUUGCAAAGUAGCUUAGUGAAUAGGAAAGCAAGCGCACGUAUCGUCGGUCGGCCGCUCCACGUAACAUAUGGACAAGAUCGCGACCGGAAAAUCAGAAUUAAAAUUCAUUUUUAAAUAAUAAAUCUAAAUUUUAUAACAGGACUAAGAGCGUUUAUAAUAAUUUUGUACAACAGGUGUAUUCGUGUUGCAUAUUUUAACCUAAAUCCGACAAUGUGAGGCUGUCGUACGUUUGUAUUUAUUAUUGGUUUCCGCCGUGUUAUCAGCCUCUGUCGGUUAGUGUACCGCAGGAGUAUUAUACAUUUAUCAGUCCAUGGUUAUUCAAUGGUGUUCAUCGCCGCACGUGGUGUUUCCCGCCGCAGCUCACUCCGCAGUGUGAUGCAAUGUUUGCAUGACAGUGUCUCAGAAUUUCGGUUGUGCUACAUCUUGCUGUUUGACAAUGUGUAAAAGUGUUUAGUUUUAUGAGUGAUCAUUAUACAAAAGUCAUUUAAUUUACAUAUUAUAUAUUUAAAUUAUUAAGUUUUGAAUAUGGCGAAAGUGAGUGAUAUUGAUGUACUGCCUCCAAAGGCUAUGGACAUGGGUUCAGAAGGCAACGAAGGUGAUGAACAGUCGGGGGAAGGUCUCCGCAUGAAGAAGGAGUUGGGGUUGAUGAAUGGUGUAGCAAUUAUAGUCGGAGUGAUAGUUGGGUCGGGGAUAUUCGUGUCCCCCAGCCUGGCCCUCAAGUAUGCUGGGUCCAAGGGCAUGGCGCUGAUCGUGUGGGUCCUCUCGGGCUUCCUCUCGAUGAUCGGGGCGCUCUGUUAUGCGGAGCUAGGUACAAUGAUACCAAAGUCUGGAGGUGACUACGCAUAUAUCGGGGAAGCGUUUGGACCUCUGCCGUCAUUCCUGUACCUAUGGGUGGCGUUGUUCAUCUUGGUGCCCACUGGAAACGCCAUCACAGCGCUGACCUUCGCACAGAACAUCCUAAAGCCGUUAUGGCCAGCCUGUCCACCACCAGACACAGCUGUCAGCCUGAUAGCUGCUGUAAUAACAUGUUUCCUCACCGUGAUCAACUGUUACAACGUCAAAUGGGUCACACGAGUACAAGAUUCGUUUACAGCGGCCAAGAUCCUGGCUCUACUAGUCACCUUCUUCGCCAGCUUGUGGUACUUAUUCUCCGGCCACACAGAGAACCUGGAGAAUAUGAUGCAGGGCACGAUCACGAAGCCCGGUGAACUGGCCAUCGCGUUCUAUACCGGGCUCUUCUCAUACUCCGGAUGGAACUACUUAAAUUUCGUUACGGAAGAAUUGAAGGAACCAUACAAAAACUUGCCUCGAGCCAUCUGCAUCUCAAUGCCGGUAGUGACCCUGGUCUACGCUCUUACCAACGUAGCUUACUUCGCCGUUCUGACUAACGAUGAGAUCCACGUGUCCCAAGCCGUUGCCGUCACCUUCAGCGUCAAGAUCCUCGGCAUGAUGUCCUGGAUCAUGCCGCUGUUCGUGGCUCUGUGCACAUUUGGAUCCCUAAACGGUGCUAUCUACGCGUCAUCAAGGCUGUUCUUCGUAGGAGCUCGUAAUGGACACCUUCCUUUAGCGAUAUCACUGAUUGACGUGAAAAGGCUGACUCCAGUGCCAUCGCUACUGUUCCUUUGUAUAGCAACACUAGUUCUGCUGCUAUCAAACAACGUGGAGUCCCUGAUCGUGUACGUCACAGCUGUGGAGGCUCUUUUCACGCUGGCGUCGGUCGCUGGCUUGCUGUGGAUGCGGUUCACCAGGCCGAACCUCCAGCGACCCAUCCGCGUCAGCAUCAUCCUGCCACUGUCCUUCCUCAUCAUCUGCACGUUCGUCGUCAUCUGCUCCUGUUUCACACACCCCAUGGAGGUCGGCAUCGGCGUCGCAUUCAUCCUCAUAGGAGUGCCAGUCUACUACAUCUUCAUCGUGUGGAAGAACAAACCCCAAUGGAUGAUCACAGUCUGCAACUCGUUCAACUUAUUCUGCUCCAAAAUAUUCCUUUGCUUACCCGAAAAUUCCAAGGAUUUAUGAUCUUUAUAACAUAGUCUUAUGUAUUUAGUGUGAUCUGAUUAAGUAUUUUUUCUAUUUUAUUUACUUUUGUAUGUCGAUUUAUAUGGCUUAAGUCAGUUGGCAUAAUAAUAAGUACAGAUCUGUUAUCGCUUAGAUAAAUUGAUGAUUCCUAUGCAGUUAUAGGUUAAGUAUCUAUAUGUUAAGUAUAUGACGAAACUCUUAUUGAUAAUACAAUAUGAUCAUUGUUA